AGUACAGGCUGCUGCCCUCUUGACCUUACUUGAAAUAUUAUUUCAAGUAGCUAACAUACUGUAAAAAGGGACCCGGUUAGCGUUUUAAGGCUGCCUGAAAAAUUAGUAGAAUAUAUCAAUUAUUUAAUAGAAAGCUAUCACUUUACUCUGUAGGUUUUCAUGGUUACCAUGGCAAAACGUCAUUUAUUAUUAACCUAGCUUGGUGGCAGAGUGGCUGCUUGCCCCCAAUUCUUUUGGAAUGGUGACAUACAUGUUUAUAGCUCUUGUCGGAACGGCGGACUCACUUUGGAAUGCCGUUUGACCUCGCAUGAAAUUGUGGCACGUACAGACGAUAAAACAAAACAAUCAACAGGACCAUGUAAACCUCUCGCGUUUCAAUGGAGCGGGAGACCUCGAAAGCUGCGGACGAAAAACCUCAAAAGAAAGUGAGGUUUCGGGUGGCGUCCGCGAACAGCGGGCGGAUCAUAAAGGAAGUAUACAAAGAUGAAGCGCCGUCAGACUCUUUGGACUCUGACUGCACGAGCAGCUCCGAGCCGGAACGGUCGAUCAGCACUCCUUCUACCAGAGAAGCUAACGGGCACCUCAAUGGGCUUGGCUCCGAGUUGGAUGAUAGCGGGAGCGAACCUGAUGACUUGCUCCUGUACGCCAGUGCGUCCAAAGACAGACACUUCAGCACCAAACGCGUGAACAUCUUGAGCAAAAAUGGGACCGUGCGUGGGGUGAAACACAAAGUGAGCGCUGGUCAGGUGCUCUUCAACAACCUGUCCAGCGUGUAUGGGCCAAGUGUGAAAGUGGAGUUUGGGCAGAUUGUGAUCUACACCACCAGUUUCCGGGUGGUGAGGAACACAUUCGAGCGCUGCGAGCUCGUCCGCAAGAUCUUCCAGAACCACCGGGUGAAAUUCCUGGAGAAGAACGUGGCCCUGAACGGCGAAUUCAGCAAGGAGCUGGAGAAGCGCUGCAGGACAGUGGGGGAGCCCCCCUCCCUCCCUGUGGUCUUCAUCGAUGGACACUACCUCGGGGGUGCAGAAAAAAUAAUGGGGAUGAAUGAAUCGGGAGACCUUCAGGAUCUCCUCACAAAAAUUGAGAGGGUGCAGCACCCCCACACCUGCCCCACCUGUGGGGGCUUCGCCUUCGUCCCGUGCCCCAUGUGCCAUGGCAGCAAGAUGUCUGUGUUCCGCAACUGCUUCACGGACUCCUUCAAGGCCCUCAAAUGCACCGCCUGCAACGAGAACGGCCUGCAGCCUUGCCCCAGCUGCACCCCGUAGGACUGCAUGCACUCAGCGCACCCAAUCAACAACCCACAACCCACAAACCACUCCUCUCUGACUGCCCCUACAGGCCAGACAUGGGACUGCACUCAGCGCACCCAAUCACCCCCCUCAGCCCACAACCCAAUCACCCCCCUCAGCCCACAAACCACCCCUCUGAUUGCCCCUACAGGGAUGGAACUGUACCAGAGAACUCACGACACUCUUCUCACAUAGGAUAAAUGUGGGAAUGUUAAUGACGACAGUAUUUCUAAGACAAGUGAAAUGUUUACUGGCUUAUUAUUGUUCAGCUGUUAUAAGCAGUUUAGGGCUAUCAGAAUUAUGUUUGACCUUACUUAAAGCUUAUUAUAUUGUUCUAUCGGGAA